AUGGACGGCGAAAGGGGUCUGAGACAAGAGAUCGCCGAUCCGAAGAAAUUAAUCGACGAAUUGGAAGAAAAAAUUGCUAAACUGCAGGCAGACAUAGAUCAUUGGGAAAUGAAGAACUGCAAACUUCAGUUGGAGAUCGAUGAAUCAAAAGCUGAUCUUGAUAAAGCAUUGAAAGAUUUGCUCGAAUGCCAAGAAAAUUUCGGGAACGAGCUGGAGGAGCAGAUGGCCGCGAAAGAUACGGCCAAGGAGGAAUUGGCCGACGCGAAGAAACAGCUGGUCGCCCUAAAAGCGGCGUUGGACAAGGUUCGCAGCGAAAACGAUAAGCCAAGAAACGAGAACGAGGAGCUGAAUGUAGAAUUAGCCAAGUUGAACGAGCAAUUGGAAACUCUGAAGGACGAGAAUGCGAACCUGGAGAACGCGAAUCCGAAGAAUGAAAACACGAAUCCGAAGACGGCCAAUGCGAAAUUGGCGGCGGAGUUGACUGGAACGAAAAACAAAUUGGCAGAAGCGGAGAAACAGGCGAACGAUCCGGAGAAAGAGAACGGCGACUUGAAGAACAACAUAGCCGAUCUCGAGAACACGGUGAACGAGCUGGAACCCUUGAAGAAACAAUUAAAAGAUGCUAAGAAGGAGCUGAAUAGGCCGAGGUCUAAGCUAAAUAUUAAUUUGAACCCGGAAAAUUCGAAACCGCGGGACGAUUUAAACGAGGCGAAAAACGAAGCGAAUAAAUUAAAAUCCGAUUUGGAUAAAUUGAAAAGGGAUUAUAGCGAGUUGCGGUUGGAAUUAGGUAAACUAAGGGACGAGAAGAAUAGACGCAAAGAACGCGAUGCUGCGUUAGCCACGGAUCUGAACGAAUUGAAGAAAGGGAAUGGCGAGUUAAAAGAUGGGAACGAGAAACUGAAAAGCCAGUUAUUCGAUUGCCAAGAGGAGAAAGAAAGGCUACGCAAGGAAUUGGAAAAGCUGAGGAGAGAAAAUGCCAAAUUGAAAGAAGUGAAAAAGCUGGAGCCCGAGGAAACGGAGAUGGACAAAGAUAUUUUGGACUAUGGCUGUGAUUUUAUAAAGGCGAAUGAAUUACCGGGGAAGAAAUUUGAAAAACGACACGAAAGUAAAAAUUAUAUAGACUUUUCUUCGUUGAGAUUGACACAGUUAGCAGAGCUUCGCGAUAAGAUUGGCCACUUGGCAUCGGAAAUGGCGCACCAGGACAGCAGAGCGGUGCCGUGCGACGAUUAUGGAUCAGCGAUUCCGUCAAAGGCGGAUUAUAAUAUUUUGGACCACCGUAUAGCUACUUUGCAGAAACAGAUAGCGGAGAAGCAAAUGGAGGCGGACUGGAAGCUCCAGGAGCCGAGGAGGGCUCUUCAAAACGAGCAGGCUAACUUAAUUCGAAUCUCCGAUCGGAUGAACUUUGAGAGAAAACGCAAUUUGAACCUUCGGCAUAGCAUGGAUGAUUUACCGUAA